AUGGGCGGGCUCUGGUCCCGCAACGGCCUCAAAGCCAUUUAUUUGUCGUCUGCGAUCCAAGUGAAUGCCAAAUCCCUGCACGAUUCAGCGCCAACUACUGGCAGCCCAUCAACGACGUCAGCACUGUUUUUCGUAAUGUGCAUAAGGUCCCUGACCUACAUCCUAAGGUUAGAGAUCACCGCCCCGCUGAUCGGGUAA